CAGUUACCAGUUGGUGCUAACCUCUCAUUCUCUGUUAGUAUAUAUAUUUUCAUUCUCCACAAACUAUUAUAUCGAAUGCUUUUGCGUGGAAUAAUACCAGUCCAAAAUGUACUCGUGUUUGUUUCAACCGUCUGUAUAACGACUAGUAACAACUAGAUGGUAUCUACAAACACCGGUUAAUGUAUAUUUAUUUAAUUUUUUUUCGGAUAAUUUACUCAAUUGCUCAGAUAGUAAUAAAAAAAAAUAAACGAUGGGGCAACGAGUUUCACGAACCGAUUUCGAAUGGGUUUAUACCGAGGAACCACACGCAAGUCGGAGAAAAUUGAUAUUAGAUAAAUAUCCACAGAUUAAGAAAUUAUUUGGGUACGAUCCGAACUUCAAAUGGGUUGUAACAGGAAUGGUACUUGUACAAUUUAUUUCAAUGUUCAUAGUCAAGGACUUGAGUUACCCCAUGCUUUUCCUCAUGGCAUAUUGCUUCGGAGGUCCCAUCAAUCAUUCGCUCAUGUUGGCCAUCCAUGAAAUUUCGCAUAAUCUUGCAUUCGGCCAUUCCAGACCUAUGGCGAAUAAGAUUUUUGGAUUUUUCGCUAACUUGCCAAUAGGAAUUCCAGUGUCCAUAAGCUUCAAGAAAUAUCAUCUGGAACAUCACAGAUAUCAGGGGGAUGAAAUAAUUGAUACCGAUCUACCAACUCUGUUGGAAGCUAAAUUGUUUUGCACGACGUUCGGAAAAUUUGUUUGGGUCCUUUUACAACCAUUUUUUUAUUCCCUUCGUCCGAUGGUCGUUUAUCCGAAGGCACCAGUGACUCUCGAGUACGUUAAUCUCGUUAUUCAACUGAUAUUUGAUGCCAUAGUUUGGUAUUUCCUCGGUGGUAAGGUAUUGGUAUACUUUAUUUGUGGUGGUCUCAUGGCCAUGGGUUUACAUCCGGUCGCAGGACACUUUAUAUCGGAACAUUACAUGUACAAAAAGGGUUUUGAAACGUACAGUUAUUAUGGCCCGUUGAACUUCAUAACAUUCAACGUCGGCUACCACAAUGAGCAUCAUGAUUUCCCAGCGGUACCAGGUUCCAAAUUACCCGAGGUGCGCCGAAUCGCCUCGGAGUUUUACGAGAAUUUACCUCAUCACAACUCUUGGACAUCAGUUCUUUACGACUUCAUAAUGGACCCCGAUAUAGGUCCUUAUGCUCGUAUAAAACGCAAGCACAGAGGUUUGACCUCGUAGACGCGUAUCAAAAUAAUAUAAUAAAACGAUUUAUUCUGUUCUCGUCGAAUGGACAACGCAUAAAGGAUUACUGUAUUUUUGUAACGAUCGAGAAGAAAUAUUUCCAUUUUACACAAUCAUUGUCUCUACCUCUGCGAAACUUUUAUGACUUGCUGAAUUGCGCGCAAAUCUCGUAAUUUCUUAUUUUUUUUGUUUUUGUUCUGACUCGUGAGAAAACGAACAAUUGUUACAUUUUCUUCAAUUACUGUCUCAUGUACAGGUAGUUAGGACCAAAUACGAUGAUGGCAUUUGAUCAAACAAUAUACAUUUACUAUCGCGUAUACUCGACAAACUAGUCAAUUGAAGUUGCGUUGUUUCUUUUUUCUCUCAAAUGAUAAAACCGCUGUAUAAUAUAAAUUCUGCCAGUGAAGUUAUUGCAGAUCUUUUUUCCUCUUGCCAGUAUUAAUAUGCGAUUUCACAAAUAGUUUAUUCCAAUCGUGUAUUCCGUAUGGCUAUGUUCCAUUUACUCUUCUAUAAUUACGUCGAUGAAACAAGUUCUUCUGAAACUAUUAGGGUCCCUGUCGGUACGCAUAAUUUUCUCCGUUAUCGCGUUAUUUCUCAUUUUGUAUAGAAAUUCAUUGCGGCAAUUAAUCAAAACGCGUUUGUAAAAAGCUAUUGUUCUAAUAAAUUCUAUAUACCAAUUGAUUGAA